GAGGCUGGAUCCCCGUGCGGCUGGCAGGCAACCAUGGGAGAUGCGCGGGCCGUGUAGAACUCUUCUACCAGGGAGUCUGGGGGACUGUGUGUGAUGAUCUCUGGGACCUCCCAGAAGCAAACAUCAUCUGCAGACAGCUGGGCUGUGGCUGGGCUGUUUCAGCUCUGAGUGAAACUCACUUUGGGGAAGGUUCUGGGAAGAUUAUCCUUGACAAUGUGCAUUGCAAGGGACACGAGGAGCACCUGGAGGAGUGCUCCCACAUUGGCUGGUUCUCCCACAACUGUGAUCACAGUGAAGAUGCCGGUGUCAUUUGUUCAGAGAGGAGUCAAGGAACUGUCUAUCUUACAGAUCUCCCAUUGCCUGCAGUGGAAGGAAGAGUGGCUCCAGAAAGAUAUCGUUGUGGUGGUGUUGUUACCAAGGCACCUGGAAAAAUUAAGAACCCCCCAAUGAAUGAAAUGCAUGACAACAUAACCUGUGUGUGGGAAAUCAGGGCAAAUUCCUCUGACCGUGUAAGGCUGGCAUUCCCAUCUCUUGACCUUGACUGCACCAAUGAGUAUUUUGAAAUCCUGGAUGGUCCUCCAUCUUCCACGGAGUCCCUGGGGAGACCCUGCAGUGGGUUGCACAUCACCUUUGCAUCCCACUCCAGCUCCAUGACCCUUGUGUACUUCCGAGGCAUGAACAACAUUGGGAAAAAUUUCAUGGCUUAUUAUUAUUUUGAAGCCAAAGAGAUGACAUCGAAGACCCCAUAUCUGAUCACCAUCCCUACAGCAACUUCCAAGAUGGUAACAGAAAGACCAAGAGAUUGGCCAGAGCUGCGGCUGGUGGGUGGCUCCAAUCGGUGCUCAGGGCGUGUGGAGAUCCUUCACCAGGGCGUCUGGGGCACUGUGUGUGAUGACCUGUGGGACCUGAAUGAAGCUGAGGUCGUAUGCAGACAGCUGGGGUGUGGUCAGGGUGUGUCUGCCCUUGGCAAGGCCUACUUUGGCCCUGGUUCAGGAGAUAUCUUCCUAGACAACUUCCAGUGUGCUGGGGUGGAGCACUUCCUGGGCCAGUGUGCCCACUCGGGCUGGUCAGAUCACAACUGUGGCCACCACGAGGAUGCUGGUGUCAUCUGCUCAGAUGCUGAAAAACCUCUGUUGGAAGUUCCAGGAGACUGGCCAGAGAUUCGCCUAGUGGGUGGCUCCAGCCAGUGCUCAGGACGCGUGGAGGUCCUUCACCAGGGAAUCUGGGGCACUGUGUGUGAUGACUUGUGGGGUUCAAAUGAAGCUGAGGUUGUGUGCCGCCAGCUAGAGUGUGGUCAGGCUAUUUCUAGUCUUGGUGAAGCCUACUUUGGCCCAGGCUCUGGAGACAUCUUCCUGGACAACCUUCAGUGUUCUGGAAUGGAACAUUACCUAGGCCAGUGUCCACAUUCGGGAUGGUUGGAACACAACUGUGGCCACCAUGAGGAUGCUGGUGUUAUUUGUUCAGAUUCAGAUGGCCCCUCUCCACCCAUGCCUCCAGGUCCUCCUCCAGCUUCUCAGGAUCCAAUAACAGGAGGAAGUAACUCUUGUGGAGGGGUCAUUUCCAGUCUCUCUGGUUCAUUUUCCAGUCCACGGUACCCAGAAAACUACCCAACAGACAUCCAAUGUGUUUGGGAGAUCCAUGUAGAGAAAAACUUCCGCAUAGAACUCAUGAUUCCAAAUUUGAACCUGGAAGAUAUCCUUGGAUGUCCCUAUGACUCAAUUGAGAUCUUUGAUGGCCCCAGAAUUGCAUCACUCUCCAUGGGGAAGUUCUGUGCCCCAUCAGCUGUGGUAUUUUUCUCCUCCUCAGACAUCUUGACAGUGGUGUUCCGGAGUGAUUACAUGACAACAAAUACUGGUUUUUAUGCUUUUUUCAAUGCAAUUUCACAAGAUGGAAGAGAGUCAGAAGACAGACUAGUGUUGCGGCUGACAGGCAGCUCUGGGCAGUGCUCAGGACGUGUUGAGGUCCUCCAUCAGGGGGCCUGGGGCACCGUGUGUGACGACUUAUGGGACAUGAAUGAAGCUGAGGUCGUAUGCAGACAGCUGGGGUGUGGCCAUGCCGUUGCUGCUCCUGGAAGUGCCUACUUUGGCCCAGGCUCUGGAAACAUCCUCCUGGACAACAUUCAGUGUUCAGGAAAGGAGAGCCACUUUGGCCAGUGCCCCAGCUCUGCCUGGUUAGACCACAACUGCGGCCACCAUGAGGAUGCUGGAGUUAUCUGCUCAGAUGCUGAGGUGACUCCUUCACCCCCAGAAAGAAGUAGCUCUUGUGGAGGAGUAAUUUCAAGUCUCUCAGGCUCCUUCUCCAGUCCCUGGUAUCCUACGAACUACCCCACUGACAUGGAAUGCAUCUGGGAGAUACAUGUGGCUGAGAAGUUCAACAUAGAGCUGACGAUCCCAAGCCUGAAGCUAGAAGACAUCUACGGGUGCCCUUAUGACUAUGUUGAAGUGUUCGAUGGAAAGCAAGUUGACUCACUGUCUAUGGGCAAAGUCUGUGCUGGGGCAGAACUCACAUUCCUCUCCUCUUCAAAUUCCAUGACAGUGGUGUUUAAAAGUGAUGCCAUGAUCACCAACACAGGGUUCUAUGCUCUGUACAACACUGUUCACCAAGAUGAAAGGCAGAAUGGUAUGGCCUUGAGACUGGUGAAUGGCAGCCACAGGUGUGAGGGCCGAGUAGAGAUCUUUUACAAUGGUACCUGGGGCACAGUGUGUGAUGACAGUUGGGACCUGACAGAUGCCAAGGUGGUAUGCCAGCAGCUUGGCUGUGGUAAGGCCAUGUCAGCUCCAGCUGAGAGCUACUUUGAAGGAGGCAUGGGCCAUAUCAUUCUGGAUGAUGUGCAGUGCAUGGGGGAUGAAGCCAAGGUGUGGCAAUGCACACACCACGGAUGGUUCUCCCACAACUGUGGGCACCAUGAGGAUGCCAGCGUGGUCUGCUCAGGUAUUGAUGACACACCUAGUAGAGGACCAGCAGAUGAAAAUUUCCAAUGUGGUGGUUUGCUCACAAAUAGUUCAGGCUCCUUCUCUAGUCCUUGGUAUCCUAAAAAAUAUCCCACCAAUGUGGUGUGUACCUGGGAUAUACAAGUGGAUACCAGCGCUCACAUCAGACUCACCUUUGAAGUGGUCAAGUGA